ACGGGCACCUGCGCGAGUUCGCCGGCGUUCGGUUGAGUCCGCCUUGUUUACCGUUGUGUAGCGGAGAGAGCCGAGAAUCGCACGCUUGUGAUACCGCUUGGUUGGAAGGCGGAAAGCACCUCAGUGGCAAGGUGUGAGGAAAUGGAGGAAGAGUUGAAAUGUCCGAUCUGCCGACGAUUUUAUACUAAACCAGUUUUAUUUCCUUGUUCACACUCUUUCUGCAUGGCCUGUGCUGUCAAUCUGCAGGAACCUGCCCAGCAGUUGAUUCCGCAAGUGACAUGUAGCGAAGACGGCACCCAGGUAAUCAACGACACCGUCGACUUUCCUGAAAUUGACAAAGUCAGCAUCGUUUCGGAAACUGACAGCGGGGUGGUAUGUAAUAGCCGACCAUCAAGCUACGUGGGUACCCCAAGCCUGGCCAACAUCUUUACCCAGACGCUACAGAGUUGCACCUAUGGAAUUAAGUGUCCCCUGUGUCACAAGCUUGUGUUUCUUGACGACUCCGGGGCUCAUGCGCUACCCCCACAUCGUGUUCUAGAAGCGAUCGUGGAUAAAUACACCCAACAAAAGCAUGUUGAGAUUAAAUGUGAACUUUGUGAAAAUGGCAGUUCCAACGCUACAACUAUGUGUGAGCAAUGCGAGGUGUUCUACUGUGAUACCUGUCGCGAUAGUUGUCACCCGUCCCGAGGGUCACUGGCAAAACAUAAUCUGGUCGCCCCUGCCCAGGGGAAGACGAUCCUCAGGGCCAAAAACAAAUCCAAGGAUGCUAAAUGUUACGAACAUUCGGAGGAGCAGCUGAGCAUGUUUUGCACUGGAUGUAAAAUACCUGUGUGUUUUACCUGUUCUCAGGAAGGACGCCAUACCACUCAUGAUGUACAAGCUUUAGGGGCUUUGUGUAAAGGGUCUAAGAGUGAACUUUCACAGAACUUACAGUCAUUAUCAGAAAAAGCCAAAUCAGGGACAGAGUUUAUCCAGCGAUUGAAAGCAAUGACAGAGAGUGUCAAUGGCAACUCUAAUGAGUUUGAAGCGACAGUGGUGGCACAGUGUGAUGCUCUGAUCGAGGCCAUCAAGAAGAGGAAGGUGGAGCUGCUGGAGAGUGUGCAGGUGGAGAAGGACAACAAGGUGAAAACUCUCAAGGAGCAGGUGUCUCACUGCACCUCACUGCUACAGAGGACCACUGGACUGCUGCAGUUCUGUAUAGAGGUCCUCAAGGAGAGCAACCCAUCGUCCUUUCUACAGGUAUCAAAUGGACUGAUUGACCGAGUAGCUGCUGCUGACACCAACUUUAACAAGGAGAUGGAACUUGCUCCAAGGGUGUCGCCGGAAUUCGAGCUGACGUUAGACAACACACCUGCUUUACAUGCCGUCCAGACCCUCAACUUCUUCCAGAUGAAAGAUGGUAUUAUAGCACCAGGUCAGCCUUUCAUCAUCCCAGAAGAAUGCAGUGCAGAGAACAACAGUGUCACCAUCGCUUGGCAACCGUAUCCAAGCAGUGUCGUAGAGGCCUAUACUCUAGAAUUAGAUGACGGAAAUGGUGGAGAUUUUCGGGUGGUGUAUGUGGGGCGGGAGAUGAUUUGCACCGUGGACGGACUACAUUUUCACAGUAUUUACAAUGCCCGGGUGAAGGCCCACAACCAUGCUGGGGAAAGUCCAUACAGCGAGCUGGUAUCACUACAGACAGCUGAGGUGGCCUGGUUCACGUUUGACAACACAACGACCCACCAGGACAUUAUGUUCACCAACAACAACCUCAGUAUCACCUGCAACAGCUUUGACCACCGGGUGGCACUAGGCACAGUUGGCUUCUCCAAGGGCAUCCACUACUGGGAGGUGACCAUUGACCGCUAUGACAGCCACACUGACCCCUCCAUUGGCAUCGCCAGGUUCGACGUUGAUAAGGGACUUAUGCUUGGCAAGGAUGACAAGGCCUGGAGUAUGUACAUUGACUACCAGAGAAGCUGGUUCAUCCACCGAGAUGAACACACCAACCGCACUGACGGGGGCAUCAAAUGCAGCUCAGUGAUUGGCUGUAUACUGGAUCUCAACAACCACACCCUCAGUUACUUCAUCGAUGAUGAACCUCAUGGACCAAUCGCCUUCACCGACCUCCACGGUGUCUUCUUCCCCGCUGUCAGCAUCAACCGCAACGUCCAGGUCACACUGCGCACCGGUAUCGAGCCACCUGUAGAAAGUGAAGGAAGUGCCAGUGAUGAAGAGUGAGAUGUAAUGGUCCUUCCUACUGGCUCCAUGUUUAGUCAUCAAUUCUGAUUGGCUCACAGGCUGACAUAAGACUGUAAUGCCAGUGUGGUUUGUUCAUAGACAAAAUCAGAAAAUCAAAUUGGUUCACCUGUACUAUCUUAUUUAAGAUCCUAAUUUAUGAGAAAAAAGUAUCAAAAUAUUUUAUGAAAGUUGAUGUUGCAGAUGCUUUAAUAGAAGGUAGCAUCAUCCUUUAUGAUGUAUUGCUAGUGAUGUAUAGUACAUCCAAGUCCAUCCAAGUACAACGUACCGCUACAUCAUGUAAUACCAUAGCAAUACAGGGGGAUGUUUCCAUCACAAUACACUGAAACACCUACAAAUGCAGUCAAUAACCACCAGAAUAAUUCCUUGAAACCAUUUGUGAAGGUUACUAUGCGUCAAUUAGUUUUAUGACUGGAUACAGAAAAUACUUGGUUCUAGCAAGGUUUUUUUCCAAGCUUUGCCUUGUUAGGUCGAAUACAGACAGUGACAUAAUAAUGAGACCAUGCUAGCUUUUCCCAGUAAGAUGGGAAGGUAUAUUUGGGUAGCCUACUGUUUAAGGUGUUCUCUCAGGAUGCUGAAGGCUCAGGUACACAAGGAUAAGUCCAUGCUAGCUGUUUCCAGCACUGUCUGAUCUGGGCCCUCCUGUGUAGAGCAUUACAGAAGGAUAAGGCCUUGCUAGCUUUAUCCAGUUCGCUCUGAUCUGGGCCUUCUAGUGUAGAGAGUCAUACAAGGAUAAAGCCUUGUUAGCUUUGUCCAUAUGGCCUGAUCUGGGCCUUCAAUUGUAGAGAGUAACACACAGAUAAAGCCUUGCUAGCUAUGGUCUGAUCAUACUGUGUCUGUGAUGCCUCAUCCAUCAGUCGUCUUCAGCUAUAUUCCCAUUGUUUCCACAUUAGUAUUUAAUUAACAUGACAAAUGAGUCAGCAUAACAUAUCGUAUGACCGUGUAAUACUCUUAAAUGUUCGUCAUGAUAUUUAGGAUACUACAUGUCAGAUGUUUAGGUAUGGUAUAACAUAGAGUAUAUAUACAUAUAUAUUUAUUAAUAUACUUAAACAAUGUUGAUAGAAUUAUAAAGUACCGCACAGACUCAUCUCAUUGUGUGGCAAAGAGAAAUGUACAUCUCUAAGCGCACUUGUAUGCCAGAAUGAGUGAAUAUUUGGUCAAAAAGUUUUUUAAAUGUUUUAUACCAGUGCUGUAUUUUUUUAGAACAUUUAAUUGAUAUUUUAUCAGGUACUGUUUUCGAGACAUCAUUUCAACAUAGCAUGCUCCACCAAUGCCAGAGUUUGUGCAUCACUCAUAUUUUAUACAUUUAACAUUUAGUCAUCCACAUGCUCAUUGGGAAAGAAUACAUCAGUUGGAGUACUUUUUGCUCAACACUAUCUCUGUCAUAUACUGGACUUGAUAAUGUUUCCCUGGAGACAAUGCCAAACAAGCACCGGUACUAACAAAAAGUAAGAUGAUAAUGACAGGUUUUAGCUAAAUGGAUUUGCCUUUGUCUGUUUUGUUAAAUGCGUAGAGUUACUAUGUAUGUAUGAGAAAUAAUUGACAAAUUGUUAAUUUGAGACAAUACGUUUGGGAAGCUUUUGUGCGUGACGGUCUGUGGAUGGAUUACAGCAAGUAGCAUGUACUCUACAUUGAUAUAUAUACCAUAUACAUUAUAGAGACAUAAAAUUAUGUUUGACAUUUGCACAGGUUUGACCAUAAAACACCUACCUCAGACGGUUGUAUCAACAUUGAUUUUCUUCUUCUUUUUGUUAUUAAUUUUUUUGUAUUUCAAAAUAUUCAUUUCCAUUUACAACCAAGCUCAUGUUCUCCACACAACUUCUGUCUAUGUGACAUCUUUCACAAUCUCAGCAAAGUUCUAUACUCUAAGUAGGAACAGUGUCAGAUGAAACAAUCUCAUAGUUAUCUCCCUUUGUUUGCGACCAUGACAGUAUGUGUAUAUCAGUACAAUAACACGCCUGUGCACCAACAGUGGUUUGUUGUAUAACUAAGGCAGAUUGAGGCCUCAUAUUGUUACUCCAGCUAGUCCCUAUGUAAUAACUGACCACCUUUAGUGGCAUGAUGUCAGACCGUUCUAAAAAUCUCCAUCCCAAAGAACACAGGAAACUUUAUGAACCUUUUCCAGAUAAUUCAAGGAAACAAUUCGUUACAAGAUUGCUAAGAAAACAUGUCAGGAGAAACAUUUUACAAAUUUGUAUAACUGUGUAUGGUUUUCAAUUACAACAGGUUUGAUUAGGUAGAACGUUUAUAAGAAGUUCUUCUUAAUGAUGAUGAUUAUCUUUAUUUAUUCAAAUCUUUAUCGUGGUCAGGCUUGGUGACUCAAUUGAUGCAUGUCAUCAUAUAUGAACUGUGUAGAUUGAUGCUCAUUAUGUCCAUUACUGGAUUGUCUGGUCCAGACUCAAUUAUCAUGGCUGGAUUAUUGCUAUGCGCAGUGUUAAACAACACAUAAACAAUGAAAUCUUAAUCAGGCAAUUAUUUACUUUGUUUUAGGUUGGCAUUAAUGUUUACAGCACAACUAUGACAUUGUGUUCAUCUGACAUGUCUGGUGAUCAUAUUAAACUCUUAAUCUGUGAUUCUUUUACAUGAGGGGGCACAGGUGACCAAGUCAUCUAAGGGGCUGCAAAUUGCUGUGCAGAGUUGCAUCCCUUACGCCCGCCGGAAACCUAUAACUGUGGGUUUGAAUCCCAGUUCACCCCCAUUAUGUUUCUGGAUUUGUCAGCGCCAUACUCAUGCUUAUGGGUUUCACCAAAUUGGUAAAUGGCAGAGAUCUGCAUCACUUCAGGCUUUCCUCCCACAUCAAACUGACAUGUCAUGACAUAGCUGGAAUACUGUUAAAGCAGCUUUAAACUUAAUUCACUCACUCACUCUUUGACAAGAACAUAGUCAUGUUUCUUUGAGCAGUCAUUGCUACUCACCAUCAAUUCACUCACUCACUCUUUGACAAGAAAGUAAUCAUGUAUCUUUAAGCAGUCAUUGCUACUCACCAUCAUGAAGGCUUUACGAUAACAUUAUUAACAAACAUUAAGAUAACACAACAUGACCAAGAUCAUACAUCUGGUGCCAGAAUGGGUGCCGUGACCAAUACAAAACUCAAGGUUAUAACCAAUUUGCUUUUAUUCAAAGCGUUUUGACAAUAGUGGAUUUUGUGUGUAACCAGAGUAGAUCAGAUCCCAGACUUGAAGUGUGGGAGUGCCUUUGUUUGUGUACAUUGUGUGGCAUAUAUCAUGAUUUUAUGAGCAUUUUAUAUUUUAUAAAUACGACUUUACAACAUGCUGUAAGUUUAUUUACACUGCAAUACAUACUGUUAGAUGAGAUGAACCUGUGUGUAUUGAAUCUACCCUGCUUGUGGUUGACAUGACAUGAUUACAGUAGUUGUGAGGAAAGUAUCAUAUGCUAUAGCAUCAUGUUACAAUAUUUGAUGUAUUAAGCUCCAGGGCACAUAAUAAGUUGUUUGGAAACUAGCAUGUUUUGUAAUAUCUUAGGUACUGUAUGAAAUGUUUUAAGUGCCUAAGGCACACGCAACAGUUUAAAGGAUGGGUACUUGUUUUAAAUAAUUACCUCAAUUCAACUAGGUUAAGCUUCUGAUUACUUUCACAAAACAAAUUUUGAUAUACAUUAAAAAUAUAACCAGAAGGAAGUCAGUGCCUGUUAAGAUCAUUACAAAAAAAAUUAUAUCAAAUUUAUUGAAAUAGGAUGUUUAAUACAUCAAAUAUGGUCUUUAAGGGGAUUGUCUCUUCACAAAAACGUUGUGUACACAGUCCUGUUAGCAGGGUAGAUAGUUUGUCUCACUUGAUGCUAGUCAUGUGACCAUGAAUACUCGUGCUGUAUGUCAUCAUAAUCAUCCAUGUCACUUUCAUUUGGUUGUGGGUGUAACGUUUACACAAUGUUUUCAUGAUGAUAGAAAUCAGUCUGUUCUGUUUGAAUCUACAUAACCUAGCAGUGAUGAUGUUUGUGAACUAUAGUGCUUAAGUUUGUAACCAUCCUUGAAAAACAGAGAUAGUUGUCAGUAAAACAGUUCAUGAUAUGACUGACAAUAAUUCAUGUAUCAAAUACUGUUGCAGAAACUUCACCCUUCAUAAGCGAUUCUAUUGUCAAGUUGAAUAGGUGCAUAUUUUGGCAACAGAACACCCAAACACAUCAGUCCAGCAAAGCCAGACUCCCUAUUUCACAAAGUUUUGGUUGAACAGUUACAACAGUUAAACACUUUCUUGGGCAUAUUUUGGAAGAGAGAAUGCUAUCCUGUAUGUUCAAGGAUGGUUUUUCACGAGUGUUGACCAUUAUAGAAAUACCAGAACUAUGCCGUGUUCUUGGAGAGGUCAUGUUGAGAUGAUUGUUAGGUAAGCAGACUGCCUGCUCAGAAAGUAGGUGGGAUGUGUAUACUUUGUGUUCUCUGAGCUUCUCUGUGUUCUCUUGCAGAAUUUGUUAGCUUGAAGAAACUCAGGUUUUUACUUGCAUUGACUCUUGUGUUUUAUUGAAAACAUUUCGUCCUAAUUAUGAAAUGGCUAUUAAUCUAUUUACAUUAAUAAUAAUCAAAAUGCUCUUUGAGAAUGUUUUUUUUAACUUUUAUAGUGAUUUUUAUUUAUUGAACUUUAUAUAACAAACUUUUUUUUUCUUUUUUUGUAAACUUAGAUUUGUUUUAUCGUGGCUAGAGUUUAUCUCUAAUUUCACUUUAUUUUUUAAAAAGUGGUACAACAUUAAAAUUUUGAAGUCUUAUUCAAACAUCUUUUUAUGUUUAGCUUGGUAUAAUGAGAGAUCUGAUUUACAAUACAGAACUCUGAAUUUUACUGUUUAUAUACAGAAGCUCUGUAAUCUUUCUCUUUGCAUAUGUUUUUGAUUACAUAUUUAUCUGUUGAUUAUAUGAACAGUUGAAUUUUGAUUCAUUAACAAAGGGAUCCAAUUUGAUGUCUUUGGAUUUUGAUUUGUACAUAGUUUAAUUGUAAGCCAGUUGAAUUUUGUGUUAAAUUUGUACAUUGCCUUUGCUAAAUGUAAAUAUCUUCUUUUUGAACACAAACAGCAUAGGUGCCACAGUGGAACAGUUCCACUAGCUUGAGUUUAUUGUGUAUAUUAAUCAACAAAGAUGUCUGGCUCCUGUUUACCGAUUCUGGUUCUGAUAUAGGUCAUGUAAAAAUGUAUAGCAUCAAAUAUUUGUCAGUUUCAAUUCUUUCUCUAUGUGCCAUAGAGCUGUGUGUUGGAUGUCUAUUAAAAAAAAUAGAACCAAGAUGGCUGUCUUGGUUUGUGAUGAUUUUGAAUUAUAGGAAUUAGAACUUGCCCCCUGUAUAUUUUACAGUUCAUUUCCUACCAACCUUGGGGUUUUGCUGUUCAUAUUUUAUGUCCUGAGAAUCAACCACAUUGUAUUUAUUGUACAUGUUUCUAGCGUAGCGUAGAUUGUUCGUGAAUCCAUAUUGUCUCAUUAUUUAUGGCUUACUGUAGGUCUCUAGAACCAAAGACAUUUUGUUUACCAUGCAUCAUUUGUGCAAUGAAUAAACUUUCAGUAA